AUGACGAUUUCCUAUUCGGACACAUUCAUCCGGCUUCUUUUUCGGUGGAAAGGCUCAUUAUGGAAGGCGAUUUGGAAACAUUUACUUCUAUAUUUGUUAAUCUACUAUUCAAUUAACGUCUUGUACAGGUGCGUAUCGAACUCUUUUUUUCACUUUUUUUCUUCCGUUCUAGUAUUCAAGUGAUUUUUCUAGAUUUUGGAUGACCGCAGAACAACAAGCGAUCUUUCUCAAAUACGUAGUUUUAUUUGAUAAUUGGACAAGAGAAAUUCCGCUCACAUUUCUCCUUGGUUUCUAUGUCGCCAUGAUCGUACGAAGGUCGGUCGAAUUUUUUCUUUCUUUUUUUUUAAACUGUUUUCUUCUUGUUAUUGAAUGAAACUGAAAAGCUUGAAAAUUUUUCCAAGAGUUCCCUUCGAACUCAAAACUGCGCGUUUGGCGACCUCCCCGUCGGGGCAGGCCUGAGCGCAGUUCUGAUUGAAUCUGACCUUUCUUCUCUCACUGAUUGAAAAAUUCAGAUGGUGGGACUGCUGCCAACUGAUCAGUUGGCCUGACCAUCUUCUCUACAAUGUUUCUGCACUUAUUCGUGGCCAUGAUGUGAGUCUUUUUCUGAAUUUUUCAGCGUGAUAAUGAAUUUUAUUGUAAGAUCUAGAAAGUCGAAUAUUUGUUUCCAUGUUAAAAGUAGUUCACGCAAAAUUUCCUUCUAUCUAUGACUCUCCAACUUCUAGUUAUCUUUUUUUCUCUGAAGGCUAUUUCGAGUUUCGCGAAAUCACUUUGAAAAUGACAUUAAAAGACUAUAUAAACUUCUGCUAACCAUGAAUUUUUCAGGCCGAAACGCGAAUAAUCAGAAAAACCAUCGCAAGAUAUGCAAUAUUAACGUCAGUAUUAGCUUGGAGAAGUAUAUCACUACGGGUUUUGACGAGGUAUUUUUUUUUUCAAAAGAACAACUUACGAAAACUUGAAACCUCUGACCGUUCUCAUAACUCUCAGUUUAAAAACGAGAAUUCCAGGGGAAAUAUAAAAAGAGAUGUUUAUUUUGGCGAGGUUGGCCGAUGGUUGCACUUUGAGGUACCCGACAGACGACCACCUCGUGGACUCGGGACUGAUGACGCGCGAGGAGCUGUUGUUGUUCCAGUCGAUCACAGUGCAAGUCGACCCGCACCAGGUACCUCUUCCAAUCACUUGCGCAAAGACUUUUUAGAUACUAUCAAUAUACCAAGAAAGGGUUUGUGAAUAAACAUGGCUUGAGAAUUUAGCGGAAAGUUUCUCAGUCGUAAUGAUGCACGUACGUAGAUUGAAUUUCACAAAAAUUGGAAAAAAGACCAUGAGUUUUACAGAUACCUCAAAACUAUCAAAACCAAUCAAUCCUUGUUCAGAUAGAAAUUCUGGAAGCUGCUGAUUCUCCAAAAAUCUAAUAAGUUAAAAAGAAUCUUAUUCUCUAGAUACUUUAGAUACAAACAUAAAAUUGGCGAUGGCAGCUACUAUGAGAGAUAUUAUUCUUUGAAGUCAGAUCGGUAUUUUUUUACAGAAAGUUCCAAACUCCAUGCACAGAAAAUAAUUUUUUUAUUACACAAAAAGGUUUUUUUUUAUGGCCUGUUGAAUGUUCGAUGAAACUCUCUUUGAGGUCUUCUUGCUCCAACUAACAUAAUCUCUGACUAAGAGGAAAUAUUUAGGAACUCUAUUUAUUUCUCUCUGUAUUCAGUGUAUCAUCUUGCUACUUUUUUUUCAAAUUGCUCAUCCGGCGGUUAGACUUUCCUUGUUAUAAUGAAAUGAUUUACGAAAAACCGUGAAGGAUUGCAGAAGUGGUGGGUGCCGCUAAACUGGAUCCAGACGAUGAUGGUCCGCUGCUUCGAGAAGGGCACCUUGACGCACACCAACGAGCUCCGCGUCCUGCUCGACGCCCUCGAAAAGUACCGUAACGGCUUCUUUCAACUGUUCAUCUACGACUGGAUCGCGAUUCCACUCGUUUACACGCAGGUGACCGUUCGCCCCCAAUCAUUUUGGCUGCUUUCAUGACGUCGCAACAAAUGCUAACGCGCAAGUUGGACGAGUUCCGCGACCGUAUUGCCCGCAUCUUUCUCUACGAUUGGAUUUGCAUUCCGCUGGUGUACUGCCAGGUGGGUGGGGCUCUGCCUCCCAGCCCGUCGUCAGUCCAGCUCAAAUCAAUUCAAAAUCCCUCUGUUGCUCUCCCCGGUGUCGUCCUUUGCAAUGUGAAGAUCAUUUUAUGAUGAUUGAGGCGCGAUUCUAGUCGAAACUAGAAAUAACUGAAGAGCUUGGAUUUAAGUAAACAUUUCAAAACAAUAACGCAUCUUAUGUUAUUAACUUGUUAGGGUUGAUGUUUUAAAUCCGAGACUUCGAAAAUAAUUUUCCAAAAUCAUUGCGGAUUCAAAGUCAAAAACAGAAAAAUACUUAGUGGAUGGUACUGAAACUCGACGGAAUAUUUGAGAAACGUUUUUUUGAACUUAGAUUACGCGAAAUCUAACCAUUUCCAUUUUACUAAUUAACAAACACUAAAACUAAAAUAAGAUACGAUAAGAAUAGCGAAAAGAACCGGUAGUUGAAAUAGAAUCGUAACAUUAAGGAUGAACACUCUGCAAAAAGGACGGGGGUACAUUUUUGGAACAAGUAUGAAGGUGAUAAGAGAAAUAAGGAUUCCUUGAGGACUCCGAAGUGGUAUCAUAGGGGCAAUCAUAGGGGGUCUUUGAGGUCUACCUCCCUUACCCUUAUAAGGGUUGACCUAAGGGCUAUUUUGAUCUUGUAAACCGGAAAAAUUGUGAAACUAAAAAAUCUUGCGGACCGAGAGAUCGUAUUCAACAAGCCUAACCAUCUGAUCAUUAAAUCACAAGAAUAAGCUUAUUCUUUUUCAACAAAUUUUAAUCUACACUAGCUAUGAAAGUUCGGAACCACAAAAUAAAAUUUCUACUUUUGUUGUAGCAAUGAUUAGGUUACGGAGACGUAGGAAAAAUCAAAAAGGAGUUAACAUUUAAUAUCAAAGAGUGAACAGAAAAUUACCAAAAAACAACAACAGCAGCGAUUAUCUGUGCGCAAAAUGUCUCAAGGGGUUUAUUUGUUCCAAUUUGAUCCCACUAACAAUCUCUAAAAGUUUACUAAUCAGUCCCAUCGUCAGGUGUCGACCAUAUCCGUCUACGGCUAUUUCGCCUUCGCUCUCAUCGGCCGCCAGUUCCCCAGCCAGAACGAAAACCGAGAAGUCAUUGAUAUGUGAGCCGACAAUUUCUCUCUUCAUUCUGUUUUAUUCCUACUCUCAGGUACGUACCGGUAUUCACGAUCCUGCAAUUCUUGUUCUACGUUGGGUGGCUGAAAGUUGGGGAGGAUCUCAUGUUUCCUUUCGGGGCCGAUGACGAAGACUUCGAGUUCAAUUAUAUUUUGGAGAGAAACUUGGAGGUUUGAUAGGUCUCUGAACACAUUUGAAGGGGGUUUCUCAGGUGGCUAUGCUAAUCGUGGAUGAUCUACACAAUCAAGUUCCGCCAGUCUAUGUUGAAUCUCUCGACGACGACAUUCAGGUGGUUAUUUGUUUUGUUAAUCUAACAUAUUUUCUUCUUCUUUCUGUAAAUUCUCACAACAGUUUUAUCAAAAAAGAUACGAAGUUUUUUGCUCACAAAUUCCUCGUAUGGAACUCUACCUUUUUGAAUCACUAUGUAGUCAAUGUUUAAGAAAGUAUUUCAGUUACUUCACACUCACGCCUCGUCCCGACUACCGGAUCAUCCACAGAGGCAACACCUCAGAAAGUACAAAUUCAAGCCAGAUGCCAUUCAAAUUACCUACGGGGACAAGAGUUCGAUCGAUUUCAUCAAAAAUAUCAAAAUUAAACGAAUUUUCAGCUGGUCCUAACUCGGUGGAAAUGCCAACUUCCAAGUCGAGCGUACUGUCUUUCACUGAUCUCGAAAACAUGGCUAAUGGGCCGCCACGAAAGCCCAAAUUUUAG